AUGUCGGACAUUGUAGGUAAUGAUAUGCAACAGGUUAACCGGAGCUGCUUUCCUGUUGGGUUCGCUUUUGGAACAGCUUCUUCUUCAUACCAGUAUGAAGGUGCUGCAAGCAAAGAUGGUAAAGGACCAAGUAUUUGGGAUACUUUUACUCACAAACAUCCAGAAAAGAUAAGUGAUCGUAGCAACGGAGAUGUAGCACUUGACUCUUAUCAUCGGUAUAAGGAAGAUGUGAAGAUUAUGCAAGAAAUGGGAUUCAACAGCUAUAGAUUCUCCAUCUCUUGGUCAAGAAUACUACCAACUGGGAAACUAAGCGGAGGAGUGAACAAACAAGGGAUCAAGUAUUACAACAACCUCAUCAACGAACUCUUAUCGAAAGGUGUACAACCCUAUGUGACACUUUUUCAUUGGGAUCUUCCCCAAGGCCUUGAAGACGCGUACGGUGGAUUUUUGAGCCCUCAUAUUGUGGAUGAUUUCAAGGAUUAUGCAGAACUAUGUUAUAAGGAAUUUGGUGACAGAGUUAAGCAUUGGAUCACAUUGAAUGAGCCAUGGGCAUUUAGCAACGGUGGUUAUGCAUGGGGAGCUUUGGCACCUGGCAGAUGCUCAAAGAACAUAGACCCUAGCUGCACUGCUGGUCAUUCCGGAACUGAACCCUAUUUGGUUGGUCACUAUCAGCUCCUCUCUCAUGCUGCUGCAGUUCAUGUUUAUAAGCUCAAGUAUCAGGCAUCACAGAAGGGAAAAAUUGGAGUCACAUUAGUGUGUCACUGGACGGAACCCUUUUCCAAUGCUAAACACGAUCGACAUGCCGCGCUUCGAUCCAUUGACUUCAUGUACGGUUGGUUCAUGGAUCCAUUGACAUUCGGCCGGUAUCCAUUGAGCAUGCAAUCCCUAGUCGGAGAUAGGCUCCCGAAAUUCACUAAAGAUGAAUCGGAGAUGGUCAAGGGUUCAUUCGACUUCAUCGGACUAAAUUACUACACUGGCUAUUAUGCACAACAUGUUAUGAACGCUAAUAAUGACAUCAAUCCUAGUUACACAACCGAUGCUCAAGCUAAUCAAACUAGCGAGAGAAAUGGUGUUCCCAUCGGUCCUAAGUCCGGAUCGGCUUGGUUGCAUAUGUACCCACAAGGACUACGAAGCCUGUUGCGUUACACAAAGCGAAAAUACAAGAAUCCUAUAAUUUACAUUACUGAGAACGGGAUAUCAGAGAAGAAUGACCCUUCAUUAUCAUUGAAGGAUGCAUUAAAAGACGACUUGAGGAUCAGUUACUACCGUGCCCAUCUUUCUGAAGUCGAACGAGCUAUCAAGGAGGGUAUUGAUGUGAGGGGAUACUUUGCGUGGUCUUUGCUGGACAACUUCGAAUGGGGUGACGGAUACACAAUUAGAUUUGGGAUUACUUUUAUAGACUAUAAGGAUGGUUUGUUGAAAAGAUAUCCUAAAAAAUCUUCCUUAUGGUUUAGAAGCUUCCUCAGAAAAAAUUAG